CCUCCAGACCGGCAGGUGGCGACGGAGCCGCCAGUCCGCCAUGCAGUUUAUGGAAACAGUAUGGCGGAGGAGCCGUUAAUGUUGUGCAGUUUGUCAACCUUUUCUUAAAUGUGCUUCUCCCUCCUGUAGUAGAUAGCAAUUACUGGUCCAAGGUCUGGAUUUGCCACAGAGCCAACGAUGAAUCAGUUUUGGCCGAGAGUCCUCCAGUACCUCCACAGAACCUCAGUGCUUCCCAGGAGGAGCCUUUCAGCAUGUGCUGAUCAUCCCGCUGUUCCUGCCUCUACCAACUCCAGGCAUAUCAAGCCCAAACUCCUAGUGUCCCGCCUCUACCUGCCUUCAACCCUGCAUGAUGUGGGCCAGGACACCCGGCUGUCCCGAGAGAUGACUUGUAAGAGCCAGAGGCUGAUGCUGAAGGCUGGGCUCAUUCACCCAUCCAACCCGGGUUGUUACUACUACCUCCCUGUUGCUGUGCGCUCCAUGGAGAAGCUGAUGAGAGUAAUCGACCAAGAGAUGCAAGGGAUUGGAGGGCAGAAGCUGGACAUGCCGAGUUUGUGCUCAGCUGAACUCUGGAAAAAAAGUGAGCGCUGGGACUUGAUGGGGAGUGAGCUGCUCCGGCUGACAGACCGCCAUAACAUCGACUACUGUUUGGCCCCCACACACGAGGAGGCAGUGACGACUCUGGUCGCUCACCAGGCAAAUGUCUCCUACAAACAGCUGCCUCUGCUGCUCUAUCAGAUCACCCGUAAAUUCAGGGACGAACCAAAGCCGAAGUUUGGCCUGCUUCGAGGGAGGGAGUUCUACAUGAAGGACAUGUACUCUUUUGAUGCGAGCGAAGAAGCUGCUUACGAGACGUAUGAAUUGGUGUGUCAUGCAUACACCAGGCUCUUCGACCGACUAGGUCUGCGUUGCGUUAAGGUGCAGGCAGACACAGGCAACAUCGGAGGUAAACUUUCCCACGAGUUUCAGCUGCCAGCAGACAUCGGUGAGGACGUGCUUCUUUUGUGUGGGAACUGCUCCUUCGCUGCUAAUGCGGAGACCAUGUCAUCAGACAGAACUGAAUGCCCACAGUGCAAAACUGGCACACUGGUUAAGUCGAAGGGUAUAGAGGUUGGCCACACCUUUUACCUGGGUCAGAAGUACUCUCGUAUAUUCGAUGCCACCUUCAGCAAUGUUCAGAACAAGCCUGUUCUUACAGAGAUGGGCUGCUAUGGUCUUGGCGUAACCCGUAUUCUCGCUGCAGCCAUCGAGGUGACCUCGACAGAAGAGGGGAUCCGCUGGCCAGGCCUUCUCGCCCCUUACCAGGUGUGCAUUUUACCCCCAAAGAAAGGCAGUAAGGAGCACAAGGCAGUAGACUUAGCUGAGGAACUGGUUCACACUCUGGAAGAGACUCUGCCUGGUUUGAGAGGUGAGGUUGUUUUUGACGACCGCACACAGAUGACCAUUGGAAAGAGGCUGAUGGAUGCCAGCAGACUGGGCUACCCAUAUGUUAUUGUAGUGGGAAAGGGGGCUCUAAAGGAAUCUCCAAAAUUUGAGGUGAUCUGUCAGCAGACAGGUGAGACAGUUUUUCUGACUAAAGAUGGACUCUUGGAUCUUCUGGGAGGAGUGGAAACUGUAUGAAUAACAACUCUGAAAUGGAAAUAUUUUUAAUUUUCCCUUUGUGAGCACAGCAAAAUGUAAUUGCGUGGAAGGAAAAUAAAAGUCUUGUAUGUUA